GCGCUGCUCCGUCUCUUUGAGUGUGUGCCUGACAUGUCUCCAGCCAUGAGGAGCCCCGGAGCCCGGGUUGCGCCACUAUGGCCCGGGGUCUAGCCGAGGAGGCAGCACUGAGGUCCGCAGAGAACGGCUGUGUGUGGAUUAUUGUUGUUAAUAUUAUUCUAGCCGCGGGACGCCAGCAGGAGCUCUACAAACUCCUCCAUGAUCGGGAGGGCGAGCAAACUCGGCAAAGAUGGAAAAACCUGGUGGAGGCAGGACGUGUCGUCUCCCCAGCAUCACCUGAAGAACUGGAAGAUGAUGCUGUGGGUGCUGGCAUCAUUGCUGACACUGGUGGAGGAUGUGUUUUCUGAGGAGGACAAUAAAGAGUCAGACCUCCAGCAUGUCCUCAGGCUCCCCUCCGUGUCUCCUGCUAAGGACCUGGACCGGGGCAGCAGGGGCCACAUAUCCUGGCCUGGAGCCCUUGAAGAGUGGUCACUAAUGCAAGAUGGGGAAAUCCAGCAGAGCAGAUGGCGGCGAGCCUACCGUGACCCAGAUUUGCCCAGAACGUCAAGGAGAAACCGCAAGAAGACCAAGAUCAGUCACGACUGCCAUUUGGAGAGGAAGGAGAUGCGGGUGCGGGAUCUGGGUCUUGGCUACGACUCGGACGAAAUAAUCCUCUUUAAGUACUGUGUUGGGACAUGCCACAGCUCCCGCAAGAACUAUGAUCUGGUCGUGAAGGCUUUGAUGGAAAAUGGGAGCAUCUCUGGGAAGAAGGUUAGCAGUCACCCAUGCUGUCGGCCGACCCGGUAUGAGACUGUGUCCUUUAUGGAUGAACAGACUACCUGGCAGACCAUCAGGUGGCUCUCAGCGGCCAACUGCAGCUGUUUUAGCUGAUAGUAGGGAAAAUCUAUCACAAGCACAGAAAAGCUUUGUUAAGUUAAAGAGCAGCAUGCUGUAAGCACUGGUGUCUGAAGUGGGUGACCAAACCCUGAUCCAGCAGCGUGGGCAUGGAUUUGGAUCCUCAAGGCAGCGGCCAUGGUCUCCAUGAAUAGCACCAGCAGGCUAACUGGAUUUGUGCCACAAGCCUGGGGCUGAGCAGGGUUUGUUUUAAUUCCACUAGCAAGAAGAGCAGAGGAGGAAACUAUCAGUACUGUUCCGGUCCAUAAUGGACUAUAUGUUGUUUCCUUGAAGGCUUAUGGCAGCCAUGUUGAAGGUCUUUAGCUCUUAGAAGCUAACCAUAUCUCUAAGUAUGCAGCUUGGCUAACAAGAAUUCACUACGGUCAACUGUCUGACUGGGCGCUUUACAUUUCACCAGGAGUCUUUUUUCUGUUAGGCAGAAAAUGCUUACCAGCUAGGAAGCGAAAACAUUAGCUGGUCCUCA